CAAGAUGGCCACCGCUUCUACUUAUUUUCAAUGAAGAUUCUGAUGUUUGCCUUCGCUUUCGUUGUCCUGCAUUGGAGCCGCGGUUGGCCGCUAUGCAACCCGCAAGGCGAGUACACCCUCCCCACCGAGCGUGUCGUCGCGGGGGCGCCGUUUUCUGCCUUGGUGAACUUGAAACAAAAAAGCCCCCUUCAGCUCCUGCUCCCUCCGAGCGACGGGCUAGCAUGCUAACGUUAGCAUCAACGGACGAGCUCCACGGCCACGCGUGUCCCAUAUCUUCAAAUAGCCGUGGUCGAAAUAGUCCUAUAGUUGCUUUUAUCAUUAAUAAGGCGCAUUCAAAUCAUAUUUAGGCGCAACACUCACAAGUUUGGUGACCAUAGCUUGCUCGGCGUGAUUCCUCGCUUUAGGAGGGCGACGGUGAGAGGCAGCCAGGGCGGCAGCAUCGUCUACUGUCACCUUGUAGCUGGCGGCUCACCACAAUGCAACAAGUUUUGGAAUAUGCAUUAGAUCGAGCUGAGUACAUUGUGGAAAGUGCUCGCCAGCGUCCUGCUAGGAGACGUCUUUCCUCUGGUGGCAGGAAGAGUUUGUAUCAGAAGCUCUAUGAGCUCUACAUAGAAGAAUGUGAGAAGGAGCCAGAGUUGAAGAAUUUCAGGAGGAACGUGAAGCUGCUGGACAAGUUGCUGUCUCAGGAGUCUGUUUCGUGUCUGGUGGUCAACUUGUACGCAGGCAACGACGGUUACUCGCUCAUGCUCAGGGGCAAGAAUGGUUCUGAUUCUGAAACGAUCCGACUGCCGUAUGAAGAAGGAGAGCUGCUGGAGUAUUUGGAUGCUGAAGAGCUGCCGCCUGUUCUGGUUGACCUGUUGGAAAAGUCCCAGGUGAACAUCUUCCACUGCGGCUGCGUCCUGGUGGAGGUGCGAGAUUACAGGCAGUGUGCCAACACCAAGAUGCCCUCGUACCAGAGCAGACACGUGCUGCUCAGGCCCACCAUGCAGACUCUCGUUUGUGACGUCCACGCCAUGACCAGUGACAACCACAAGUGGACACAGGACGACAAGUUGCAGCUGGAGAGCCAGCUGAUCUUGGCCACGGCCGAGCCUCUGUGCCUGGAGCCUUCCAUCUCCGUCACCUGUGCCGCCAACCGGCUGCUCUACAACAAGCAAAAAAUGAACACCCGCGCCAUGAAGCGGUGCUUCAAGAGGCACUCUCGGGCAGCGCUGAACCGCCAGCAGGAGCUGUCGCAGCUGCCCACGCCAUGCCAGCUGCGCCUCUACGACUACCUACAGAAGAGGAAGGAGCGGAAAUCCGCGCCCGUCAUCGACCUGAAGAUUUCCAAGAUCGGAAAUUGCGUGGACAUGUGGCGACAGAACAGCUGCCAGCUCAGUGUGCCCAAAGAAAUUGACGUGGAGAAGUACGCUGUGGUGGAGAAAUCGCUGCAGUUGGAAGAUUCUCAGCCCACCACUGUGAUCUGGCCCGCUGAGGAGGUCGUGGACAAUUACACCUUUGAGUGCGAGGUGGGCGGUCAGGCCCAGAGGACCAAGGUGUCCAUCUUCCAGUCGCUGGGCGACCCACUGGUGUACGGCAAGAUCUACUGCACCAAAGACGUCAAGGCCGAGGAGGACGGCACUGACCUGAAGCUCACCCAUCCGCCGUUCCUCAUUGGCUCCAAGAUGGACGCCGAACGGUUCCUCGCGCAGUACAAAUGCGUGUAUGAGCGAGAUGUCAAGUGUCAGGUCAAGAUGUCCCACAACUCAGGCAGCCUGGCGCCGGCGCCCCCCUCCCCCAGCAAGGAUGAGGGUGACGCCUUUUCUUCGCUGGUCCAGACGUCCGUGUUGGGCAAAGGGGUGAAGCACCGGCCGCAGCCCAUCAAAAUGCCGCCGGGAUCAGGCAGCAGCUCUUCAGGUAAUCCAUAUAGCUCCCAAACCACAAGUGGUCUUCUCAAGUGUCCUACGCCGCCGCCCCCCGCCAAAGGCCAGCAGCCUCUGAACAGGAAACACUCCAUGGAGCUGGGACAGGUGGGCCUGCUGUCCCCCGCCUCGCUUUCGCCCAUGAGCUCCACGCAGAGAUCGGGCACCCCGAAGCCUUCCACCCCCACCAACACACCGUGUUCCACGCCGCACCCCGCCGAUUCGGGGACACCCACCACCCCAGAGGCCUCAGCGCAGCCCGCCCUGCUCACGCCUUUCGCCCAACAACAGCUCGCCCUCAGCCAGCCGGUGCCUGUCAUGACCAUACCGCUGCCCACCGUGGGCACGUCCAUCAGCACAGGCACCACGUCGUCGCCCGUCAUGGCCAACCCGGCCGGCCUCAACUUUAUCAACGUGGUCAGCUCCGUCUGCAACCCUCAGACGCUGAUGACUGGCUCCAACCCCUUGCUCGGUCCCGGACUGAAUCUGAGCGGAAUCCUGCCGUCUGGAGGCCUCAUGCCCUCCAUGCAGCCCGCCGUGCAGACUGGGAGUCACUUUGGCCUGAAUAGCAGUGCCGGGCUGCGACCGCUCAACUUACUGCAGAUCCCGACCGGGCCGCUCAUCUUCAACCCCGUGCAGCAGCAGCAGCUCUCCCAGUUCUCCCCGCAGAGCCAGUCUGCCACUUCCAGCCCUCAGCAGCAGGGGGACACAGGUGAUCAGGGCGCCGAUCCGAGUUUAGGGAACCAGCAAACGGCCGUGAUCAACUUGGGCGUGGGUGGCUUCAUGUCUCCGCAGGCGGCAGUGCUGUCCCAGUUGGGCUGUGGGCUGGACGGGUCUGGGCCCCCGCUGCCUUCUCCAAGGCUUCAGCAGCAGCACCAGCCUCAGAUCCAAUUGCAAUUCUUGCAACACCAAAUGCAGCAGCAGCAGCAAAUGGCUAUGGCGGCAGCACCCCAGGGGGGGGGAGCGGCGGGGGGCCGGCAGCAUACCGUCAACCAAGCAAGAAAUAGGAGGAAAAGGAGCACGCCACAGCCGCUCCCCAAACCUCGCCAGGCAGCGGAAACGUUGCCCCCUGCCACGCCGAGACGCGAAUGAUCCACACUGUGCUCCUGAAAGGAACCUUGCUCAUAUUUUUUACAUCCACAGAAGAAGAAAGUCCGUGUAGCUGAAUAUUUCCUACCCACCCCCCAAAAGGCUUUUUCUCCAAUGGGGGUGAGGGGGGGGGCGCCUGGGAGGAUUCCUCGCUGCACAUCUUCCCGCAGAAUAAUCUGAUCCUGGGGGGGGGGGGGGGCCGCCGUCUACCUCUCGAGCAACUUUUGUACGCCGGCGCUGGAUUUGGAGCUGUGAGUGUUGACACAGUUCUGGACACUUAAGAAAUUCUUUUUUAAGCAGUCUUUGUCAGCAGUUUUAUUGUUAUUAAAAAAGAAGAUUAUAUAUUGACAGUGAAAAUACAGCUUUUAGAUAUAUAUAAAAAAAGAGUGUUCUGUUCUUUUAUGUGAUGCUUUUGAUGACUUUGUCAAUGAGUUUGUGGAUUUCUUUCUGCCGGACCGUCGCUUGGCUGAUCAACCCCUGCAGUUUCUCCCCAGACAAAGACGUCCCGCCUACAGAAAAAUCAAAAAUCAGUCAUGAAAUGACAUUUGCCCACACUGCCGUCCUUGUCAAAGCAGCAGGUGGCGCUCUUACCUAUAAUAAGAAACCCAACACAAUCACGACCUCUCCGCCAACACACUAGCAACUUGACCAGACCCCCCCCAAAAAAUGACAAUCUGUCAAAAUGCCUAGUCUGAUUUGAAUGGCCACUUCAACCAGAGUACAAUGCACCAAGAAUUUUGAAAAUUGGAUGAUGGGUUUUGGAGAAAUUGAGUGUUUUUGUCUUUUUGGGGAACAUUUUUAUGUGAUAUCGCAGUUAGAAAUUCUAGUAUUCGGGGAAAAAGCCUUGAAAUUAGAGCAAAACAGUAACUUGAUUAUUUCUCAACUGAUCUCCUCAAAUGUUUGUUUCGUCUGAUACUCAGGGAAGCCCUUCACCAAUUGGCUGACCUUUUACAGUUAAAAAUGUCCGCCAAUUGCUGGUACAGGCCGAAAUUCUGAGGUUCUCCAAGUCGACGUGUCAAAGCUACGACGAUCCUCACCUGGUUUGUGCAUGGAGCAAAGACGUCCUUCCUCGUCCGUCACCACUGUGAGGCGAGCGGUGGCCAGUUGCUCCUCUUCGGCCGUGGGGUCGGCCAUGAGGAUGGACCUGCGAGAGACAAAAUGGGCGUUGCGCUUGAUGACGACAUUUCGACGGAAAGAAAAGUUUGGACUCACUCGUCAAAGACGCAAAAAGAGGCGGCGACAGGAUGCUUGAGAAUCUUCAACCCGCGACGCUUUUCCAGGUCCACCUUCGGCACGCCAGUCUCUGCGCUGAAGGAGACCUCGGGGAGUGCAGCUGUUUGGGCGAAGAUGACGGUGAAGAGUCGACGACGACAGGUGAAAUGAACGGGAUCGGAUGUACGUACUGUUCUUCAGGGCGGCCAGCAGCGCCAGCACACACGUGUCCAACACGUUGCCGUCGUGGUCCAGACACAUCAGGUCGCAGUACAACGACCAGCACAGCUAUAGGAACAACACCACAACUUUAAAUGUAGCGCCGAAAGACUGAGGCCUGACUGAUAAGGGUUUAUUUAGGCUGUUGUCGAUUCCAAUAACAGAUUAAUCGGCCGAUUAAUUUAAAAAAAAUAUAUCAGGAAUAACCUGACUUAUUUUGGUCCCUUAUUGCUUUCAACAACAUGAAUAACAUGCAGAACAUUUGACUGUUUUACAAUACUUUGUCCUUUAGUAUCGGUUUAAAUUAACACAGGAAUCUACAAGUACCAAAACAUGGUAAAAAGAUCUGAUGAAUUUAUCUUUAGAUUUAAGCCAUAAAUGGAUGCAAUACAUAAGCAACAUAAUGAGCGAAGUUACUGGCAAAACAUUAUUAAUGCAUGAUGCAUCACAUUUCAUCUACUCCAUUGUUUUCUUUGUCAUGAAGUGAUGACUUCAAAAUAGGGCGCCAACAAAAUUAGCAUUUUUUUCAAUCAAUCAAAUCGGAGUAAGCACCAACUAAUACACCCAAAACUAAAAUAUUAAACUUUUUUUUGUAUAUUAUAGCAAGUGCGUUUUAUUAUUGCUUACUUAUCGAGCAACUCAUGAGCUUUACCCCCCAUUGUGUCUCACCUUGCCUCUUUCGAUGCACAAAUCCUCCAUCUGCAACACUUCUGAGCUGCAGUGACAAACAAAAAAAGUUCAGAUCUAAGAGAAGUGUGUGUUAAAAUUGAUAUCUUUUUUUUUUUUUUUUUUAAUACACAUACGCACCUCCC